AUGGCCUCUCCUCGCCCUGCUUCUCCUCUCACCUCCGGCGCCGAGUCAGGCCCUGACGCCAAGUCCCCUGGCUCUGGCUCUGGUGCUGCCGCCACCGGCUCGUCCGUCAGCCGUCCUUCGUCGCCGACUCCCCCCGGUGGUCCUCGCGCCGCUAUGCGCCGUCGCGCGGCUGCAGACCACAAGGAAUCGCUGCGGAAUGUUCGCCCCAGCUCGACUCGCUCCGCUGGUGCGGGUGGUUCGUCCGGCACGAUGCUGAAGCUGUACACCGAUGAGAGCCCCGGUCUGCGUGUCGACCCCGUUGUUGUCCUGGUGCUGAGCCUGGGUUUCAUCUUCUCUGUCGUUGGCCUGCACGUCAUCGCCAAGAUCACCCGCAAGUUCUCCUCGUGA